UCGCCUGACAGUGUUAACCAGGUCACUAUUAAUACCGGUUCAAUUCUUCUCCUCUUGCUACUUGCUCUUGUCACACUAUAAGCUGGGAGGAUAUAUUGUCUCGCGAACGUUAGCUGGCGGAUUGAAUGGAAGAAAGCGAGAUAAGGAGCCGAGCCGAUCCGGGCCAGUCCAUGCCAGGUCGACACACGAGAGACAGCAGCACCCAGACUGACAGCAGGCUCCAAGGUCAUGGCCCCAGGCUAUCAAAGAUAAACCUGUUUACAUUGUUGAGCUUGUGGAUGGAGCUGUUCCCACAGGAGCAACCUGAAGACGAUGGCCACAAUGAGAUCCGCAGGAUGGGUCUGGUGGUGGUGCGGGACAGUAAGGUGGUGGGACUCCACUGUUCAGGACCUGAGCUCCACGCAGGACAGGCAGCCAUCAUCCAGCAUGGCGCCGGCCUGGCCGACUGUCAGCUGUACUUCUCCAGGAGACCCUGCGCCACCUGCCUGAAGAUGAUCAUCAACGCCGGAGUCAGUCAGAUCUCCUUCUGGCCCGGAGACCCUGAGGUCAGCAUGCUGAGGUCCACCUCUGCAAACCAUUCAAACUCCCACUCCCACAGUCCACCGGACGGCAUCACGGAGGACGCGGCGCUGGACGCCGUGGCUACAGAGAAGCUGAAAUCCAACAGCCGUCCCCACAUCUGCGUGCUGCUGCAGCCGCUGGCUCCCGGCCUGGCGCAGUUUGUUGACGAGACAUCCAGAGAGUGUGAUUUUAUGGAGAGGGUGACAGAUGAUGUACCAGGGCUGAACAAAGAGGAGCUCUUCAACAGAGAACGGAUGAGACACCUGAAGGAUUUCUCCAGACACCUCCUAGUCAGGACAUCCCAGCUGCACAGAGAGAUUUUGACCCACAUGGGUCUGGAGAACUUCUGCGUGGAGCCGUACUUCUCCAACCUGAGGAACAACAUGAGGGAGCUGGUGGAGGUUCUGGCUGUGGUGGCCGCCGGCGUGCCGCAGCAACACUACGGCUUCUACAGGGAGCAGCAUUUGAACCCUGAGCCAUCACCAGCCACCACCAAGUCCUUACUGCUUCCACGUCACGAGGGACUAUCCCAAGAAGUGGCUCGCCAUUGCAUCAUCCAGGCCAGGCUGCUGGCUUAUAGAACAGAGGACCCCAAAGUGGGUGUAGGUGCUGUCAUCUGGGCCAAAGGACCUUCGGCUGGCAGUGAUGGAACCGGGUGUCUGUACCUGGUGGGUUGCGGGUACAACGCCUACCCAGCAGGCUCCCAGUACGCAGAAUAUCCACAGAUGGACAACAAACAGGAGGACAGACAGAGACGCAAAUACAGAUACAUCGUUCACGCAGAGCAGAACGCCCUCACCUUCAGGACUCGACACAUCAAACCGGAUGAGCCCACCAUGCUGUUUGUCACUAAAUGUCCAUGUGACGAGUGCAUCCCUCUGAUCAGAGGAGCCGGCAUCACACACAUCUAUACCACAGACCAGGACAGGGACAAGGACAAGGGAGACAUCUCCUACCUGAGGUUCAGCAGCCUGAAGAACAUCAGCAAGUUCAUCUGGCAGAGAAGUCCUUCAGGUUGCUCAGCAUCCUCUCCUCACCGAGCCAAUGGUUGUGUGGGGAAGCACAGCAGGCAGGCUGAGCAGGAGAGCCACAGCACUAAGAAGCUGUGCACCAACAGAUCCCACGACUCGCCUACAGUCAGCUGAACAUCAGCUGCGGACUGAUGGACCUACAUGUAAAUGGACAAACCAAAAACUACUGAAACAGCUUUCAUGCCACAGAUUUGAUAUUUUACGGCUGCAUCAACUCGGCCACAACUGGGAGAAAUCUGAGGAUCAAAUCUGUGCUGCACACAGUUUUAGAUUAUUUAUUUGUUCCUUCCUGAAAACCUUGGAUUGGUUUUGUGAACCUGAUGUUAUAUAGUCAGGACAUAGACAUUAGCUUCCUUCCUGUGUCCCCUCUGACUGUUCAAUCUGAUGCUGCAUGUUUGUGGUUUACACCAUUCUGAGUGCUGAACAACGGUCGACUGCGACAGGUUUCACUUGGAGACACUGCAGAGCUGCGUUGAAUCGACCAGAGGCUGCUUUAAUUAGGACGUGUUGGUGGUGGGUGAUUGGUCGACAUGAAGGAGUGGGUUUGAGCAGCAGGUUGGAGAGACGAGACCAAGCUGGAAACCAUACAACAUGCUGACCUCAAAGGGAAGCCACUAAGAAGGGAUGGAUGGAUGGAUGGAUGGAUGGAUGGAUGGAGGGAUGAAUGAUGGAUGGACAGAUAGAUGUAAGGAUGGAGGGAU